AUGUCGACUCCGACUUCGAACGCCUGCACCACUGACAAGCAUGAUUUUUCAGGGCUUGACAUCCCUCAACGACCCUCUCACGCUGACUACCCCUCCAAUAACGACCAAGAUCCUUUGAGGGAUGAACUUGACAAUAUAUCUCGAGCAGUGACACCGGCGAAGGUUGGCUCCCCGCAACAGAAUGGGGUUCAGGAGAAGAAACAUGUCAUGGUGCCUCGUCCAGACCUUGCCAAAGAGCCAUGGCACGGUGCAGCAAAGGUUCUUGAACAAGCAGACCUUGCUCAAAAGAGGGUCGCGAGCAAUGAGAGCGUCGGAGAUGUGACAAGCCAAUGCUCAAGAAGUCGUUGA